CAUGUCUCGAUAGAGUCUAAUCGUAGACUUUGGAGCCUGCUUAGCAUACGCCAACGACGGUCCGGGUGGCGCCACAGUGUCUCUCCCGCAGAUUGCGAAAAGAAUUGGACAGGUAACCUGUGCGGCACGGAUGCCCGGGCACAGGAAAGGCAGUUCAAGAAUGAAACGUGCAGGCGUUUCGUUCACGACCUUAAUAUUCGAAGGAAUUAGCCUUUCUACGCCAGGCUUGCAGUCGGCAGCAUUCAUUAGUGCCACUGUAUUAAUAAAGAGACGACUUUACUCCCUAUCCUACGCGCAAAGAACUACAUGGGAUGACUUCUUCAGUGGACAGAACGAGAUCCACGAUUACACCAUGGGCGUGGUUCGCAAUCUCAACUUGGGACACCUUGGCUACAUGAGACAUCAAGUGCUCUCUGCUGAUUAUGACGCCAUCAGUACUCAUUGGAUUGUACUUGUCAAGGACCUGGUCACCGAUAAGGUGAAGACGUAUUCAUCACGCAUCUUAUUUUCGUGCGUCGGAGCUCUCAGCAUACCGCGCAAUUGCGACAUUUCCGGCUGGAAAGACUUCAAAGGAUCCCUUUUUCAUAGCGCGGAAUGGCGUCAGGAUGUAGACCUGGCCGGCAAAAACGUUGUCGUCCUCGGCAAUGGCUGCAGUGCGGCACAGAUCGUGCCCGAAAUCGCUCCGAAAGUUAAGUCGCUUUUACAAAUCGUGCGAGCGAAACAUUGGAUCGCGCCCCAAUUUGAAGACAUCUUCGGAUCGAUACCCUUCAUGUCUUGGAUGGAAAAAAAUGUCCCGGGAGUAGUCUCUUUGCAGCGAUACAUCAUCGCAGCCCUCUUGGAAACACAUUUCCUCCAAACUUUCAAAGAGGAUGGUAAAGGUGCGCGGGAGCGAUUCGCGGCACUUUCAAGAAACUACGUCCAGCAAUGUGCUCCCCCAGAGUACCAUGACAUCAUCAUACCGAAGAAUGGUGAGCUUGAGGUCGCCUGCAAACGCCGCAUUUUCGACAGCAGCGGUUACAUUCCUUGCUUGGGUCGGAAAAAUGUCGACAUCACCAAUGAUCAAGCAGCGAGGAUAGAAGAGGAUAGUGUUAUUUUACGAAGCGGCCGCAAGGUUGAGGCCGAUGUAAUCGUCCUAGCCAAUGGUUUCAAGACGGACCAAUUCGCUUGCCAGAUGGCGAUAAGAAAUGCCGAGGGAAUGCGGCUCGAGGAGUAUUGGAAGGAGAAGAAAGGUGCCCCUCAAGCUUAUCGCACCCUUUGCGUCUCCUCUUUUCCCAAUUUCUUUAUGAUUUGGGGACCCUCUAGUGUCACAGGUCACUUUAGUGCCAUUCACUCAAUCGAGCGCAGCGUCGAACUGGCGAUGCGCAUACUCAGGCCAGUAUUCAUGGCGCUGCCUAUCGAAGAUAAGAGCAUAGUGUCGCUCUCUCCGCUACAUCGAAGCGCAGGACGAUCUGUCGAGGUCAAAUCCUCAGCCGAGGAUUUCGAGCAAGCCUUUAUCCAGAGCCAGAUGAAAGAUCUUAUUUUCACGACGGGAUGCGCAUCUUGGUACGUUGACGAAGCAACGGGUCGGGUCACCGCAGUCAAUCCCUCAUUCCAAACCACGGUUGCCUGGCGCUCUUUAUUUCCCCAAAUCGACGACUACUUGUAUUCGGGUAUGUCGGCGAAACAAGCAUGGAAGGCUUGGACUUUGGGCAAUCGCCUAGCUUCCCUACUCAGACUGGGUUCCACUCCAGACGUUAGGCCGAUACAUGCGCGCAGAGACGUUAGCUACUUAUCUAGGCUAUGGGCGAGGAUCACCUGGCUUCCUCGGCAAUUGUUCUACCGACUUUUCGUCUUCGCACUUCGAGUGGCUUCUGUGUUGGCGGAUAAGGCGACGCGCUACAAGAUCAUUCCGCCUCCUCCCCUCUCCGAACGGAAGAGCACGGCCCCCGUCUACUGAAAUGGCAAAGCCCGAAGAUUUAGAUACGAUAAUAUCCUCAAUGCAAGAGUGGGCUUCCUCCUGGUAUUGCUGCUGCAAUGUG